GAGAGGAACAAAACAGAGACUCUAAAAGCCUUCGUCAGAAACUCAACCUGGGAUCUCUGAAGAAAAACGCUUUUUGGGACACGUAGAGAGAUACAGUAUAAUUUAUCAUCUUUUUCUCUGCAAGCAGAAAGGGGGCUGUGGAGAAAGGGGGUGGCGCAUCUCAGCUAGAGAUCCUAUUACAGAGAUCCAGACUUUUUCAUCGCAAGUUUUUGGAGGUGGGGGGAGGGCGAAUCUGUAACUUUCCCGGCCUGAUUUCUUUAUUAUACCCAGCUUAAGCGCUUCAAAGGAAUACUUUGUAUGGCUGCAAGUUGAUGAUCAGUGUUUGUUUUAUCUGAAUACGGUUUGGAGCCGCUGCAGUGUGGAUAAUGAAGGGAUUCAGAGCGAUCCAUCCAGGAACGGACAAGAAGUGCAAAGUAAAAAAGUUUGGGAGGACUGCGUGAAAACUUCGAAAAAGCCCCAAAACUUCCCCCUGACCAUGCCGGAUUUGCAAAGGUAUUUGGAACCAAAUGAAGAGAACUUCCUCCGUGCGUUUCUUGGAUAGCUGGAUUUUGAAGCGCUAGAAUACAAAGUAUCUUUUUUGGCACCAAGUUGCACAGUUCAAUCUCUCUCCCAAGAUGUCCUCCCAGAGCAGGAGCCCUAUUGUUGGAGUUAACGGGAUGCUUUGCGUCUGGGCCGCCUGGAUCAUGGUCACCGAGGCGGUGCUGUCUCCAAACGGGACCAUAUUCAAUGAUAUCUGCAAGAAGACGACGACUUGCGAAGUGCUAAAAUACAACACAUGUCUGGGAUCGCCUUUACCCUACACACACACAUCUCUGAUCCUGGCCGAGGACUCGAGCACCCAAGAGGAGGCUUUUGAGAAGCUGACCAUGUGGUCUGGUCUGCGGAACGCUCCUCGCUGCUGGUCAGUCAUCCAGCCCUUGCUGUGUGCUGUCUAUAUGCCCAAAUGUGAGAACGGGCGAGUGGAGCUGCCCAGCCAGAGUCUGUGUGCGGCCACACGUCGCCCAUGUAGCAUCGUUGACCAGGAGAGAGGCUGGCCCAACUUCCUCAAGUGUGAGGACAAGAGCAAAUUCCCCAUGGGCUGCUCGAACGAGGUGCAGAAGCUGCGGUUCAACACGUCUGGCCAGUGUGAGGCCCCCUUGGUGAAGACGGACAUCCAGUCGAGCUGGUACAAGGACGUGGAGGGCUGUGGCAUCCAGUGUGACAAUCCUCUGUUCACUGAGGAGGAGCAUAAUGAUAUGCAUGCCUACAUCGCCUACUUUGGCUCCAUAACUCUCCUGUGCACCUUCUUCACUCUGGCCACGUUUCUUGCCGACUGGAAGAACUCCAAUCGCUACCCGGCUGUCAUUCUCUUCUACAUCAACGCCUGUUUCUUCGUGGGCAGUAUUGGCUGGCUGGCCCAGUUUCUCGAUGGAGCGCGCAAGGAGAUCGUGUGCAAGAGCGACAACACCAUGCGACUUGGGGAGCCCUCGUCUUCAGAGACGCUGUCAUGUGUCACCAUCUUCAUCAUUGUGUACUACUCCCUGAUGUCGGGCGUGAUCUGGUUCGUCAUGCUUACCUACGCCUGGCACACGUCCUUCAAGGCUCUGGGCACCACCCACCAACCCCUGUCUGGCCGAACCUCCUACUUCCACAUGGUCACCUGGUCCAUCCCCUUCAUCCUCACAGUGGCCAUUCUGGCUAUCGCUGAGGUGGAUGGAGACUCGGUGAGUGGGAUCUGUUUUGUGGGCUACAAAAACUACCGAUACCGCGCUGGCUUUGUGCUGGCACCCAUUGGAGUGGUGCUUGUUGUGGGUGGCUACUUCCUCAUUCGAGGGGUCAUGACUUUGUUUUCCAUCAAGAGUAACCAUCCAGGACUUUUGAGUGAGAAAGCUGCCAGCAAAAUCAACGAGACAAUGCUAAGACUUGGUAUAUUUGGAUUCCUAGCUUUUGGCUUUGUCUUCAUCACCUUCGGCUGCCACUUCUAUGACUUCUUCAACCAGGCCGAAUGGGAGAGGAGCUUCAGAGAAUACGUGCUGUGCGAAGCAAAUGUGACAAUCGCUUCUCAGACCAACAAGCCAAUCCCUGAAUGCGCCAUUAAGAACCGGCCCAGCCUCAUGGUGGAGAAAAUCAACCUGUUCUCCAUGUUUGGGACUGGAAUCGCUAUGAGUACCUGGGUGUGGACCAAAGCCACCAUCCUUAUCUGGAAACGUACCUGGUGCAAGAUUAUUGGCCGUAGUGACGAUGAACCCAAAAGGUUAAAGAAGAGCAAGAUGAUUGCCAAGGCCUUCUCGAAGCGCAAGGAGCUCCACAAGGACCCGGAGAAGGAGCUGUCAUUCAGCAUGCACACCGUCUCACAUGACGGCCCAGUGGCUGGAAUCAAUUUUGACUUAAAUGAGGCAUCCAAUGACAUGUCGUCGGCCUGGGCGCAGCAUGUGACGAAGAUGGUGGCCAGGCGAGGCGCCAUCCUGCCUCAGGAUAUCUCUGUUACCCCCACAGGCACACCAGUGCCUCCCCCAGAGGAGAGGAACAAGCUGUGGAUGGUAGAGGCUGAGAUCUCCCCGGAGAUGAUCAAGCGGAAAAAGAAGAAGAAGAAGAGGAAGAAGGAGGUACGUCCCAUGGAGGAGGUGGUGGACCACCAGGGCUACCGCCAGCGUGAGUUUGGCCCCAGCUCUGUGCCCCGUCUGCCCAAACUGCCCUGCCAUCCCAGCCUGGUCGCCAACCUGAGAGAGCAGCAGAGGCAGCGGCAGGACUUGGAGGAGGACAUCCUGCCGGGGUCCUACCCAGAUUUCCGACCCACCCACCCCCUGCCCUGUGAGGAGAGGCAUCCCUACCUGCCAUACCAGAGCGACCAGAGCAACCAUGGGCUCAGCUUGCUCCCCAACUCGCUCAACCUCAGUGACCGCCCAGAGGAUCUAGGCCUCAGCCCCCGUUGCCCCCUAUCUGCUCCCUCCUGGCAGCCCAGCAGAUCCUCCCGCUACCCUGGGGAGGUGGAUCUCACUGCAGGGGUGUCAGAGAGGUUGGCCCACGUGGCACGAGUACCAGUAGGCCGGAGGGCAGGGUUCGGCCCCAUCCACUCCCGGACCAAUCUUAUGGAGGCGGAGCUUAUGGAUGCUGACUCAGACUUCUAAGAGCGUGGCUACAGUACGUUCUGGGUGUUGCUUUGUGGUACACAGACUGUAAGCUAGAAAAAAGUGCUGGAUACUUUCAAACUCUUACUAAGGUGCACCCUUUCCAAGUGUCCCGUGGUCAAGAUGGAGUAAAGCCGGUCAGUUUUGUUUUGUUUGUUUGUCUUAAAAGGGAAAGGCUAAAGGAAAAAAAAAAUAUCAUGUUGUAAAUAAGUGGAAUGAUUAAAAAAAAAAAGAUAUUUUUUAUACUUUUUAUGUGUCCAGUAAAAUUUCAUAGGCAACUCCGUGAUGACAGAACAAACGAGGCAGCUAAAAUCUUCAUGGCUUGAAACAAAGACAUUAAUCUGUGCCCCUUUUUCUAUUAUGGCAAGUGGCAGGUAUCCUCUCAGUCCCGUUUGCCACAGCGUGAGCCCUGUAAGAUAACUUGCUCACUUGUUUUGUGUCAGAUGAGGUUACACAACAGUCACAGAUGGAUCGCCAAAUGACCCCAUCUGCUCUUGAACAAAAGUCAAGUAGUAUUUGCAAGGUAUUUCAGUGAUUGUUUUAGGCUCCUUUAGGUACCAGCUGGAUUGGGAUUGCCACUCUGGACAAUUUCACUGACAGAAAAUUUCAAACAUCAUAGACAAUUAGGAAUUGUCCUGAUGUGGUAAAGCCCACCCAUGUAGUAAACCAUGCAAGUUAAAAUAAAUAUUGGAGACAACUUGCAGGUACUGUUCAACACGGGUGUACUGUUUUCUUUAAGUGUUACACUCCUCCCACAACGUGUAACUAAUAAUUAUGUUUGUGUACAAUUUGCCUGAGGUACUAGCCACAUCUUCUUUGCUCUAUUAAUAAUAAUAUUACAAAAGUUGACACAAAGUGGUAGACGUUUCAGAGAUUGCAUUUUUACGCCCCCCUCCCCUCAUUUUAUGUGACAUGAUUUCGUUACAGUAAAUGUGUAAUGUUAUUAAGGCUUUUGAGUUAAAAAAAAAAAAACAUACUAAUUAUUUGUAUACACUCUAUUGCCUGGUGCAGUAAAUCAACAACUAGUUUAAUUUACCUUAAGAAAAAAGAUAUAUAACAGCUUUUCCAUAGACUGAAUGAAAUGGCAGUCCUUGAAUGAGUUCUCAUUGUAUAUUUUAGUGUAGCGUUUCCCCAAUGUUACAAUUAUUUCGAAAAGGGUUAUUUUUUUACAGCAGUAUUUCUACUUUCUUUUUGUACAUAUUUAAGGUAAACUCAGCUUUUAUAUGUGUUUUCUGUGCUGCUCAGUCCAGUUGUGAGCCUUUUUUCUGUGAUGUACUGUAACCCUAAAAUGGGUUAAAUGUCUCUUUUUGUCCUCUCCGUUUUACUUUUUUGUGUUUCCAUUCUGCAAAAAUGCCCGUCUCUUGAUUUCUCACUUCUUAAAUGUGUGUAUAUACCGACUGGCCAUAGUUAUCUCAAUAUCGGUUAUCACUUGUACAGAUUUCUAUUUCAAAUCACUUGAUUUCUAUGCUGAGAUGAUAAAGAAAAGGGAAGAGUCAACUGCGCUAUGAAAAAUCACGCUAUAAAUGUACCUAUGCUGUAACCAAAAUGUCACCUAGUAUUACCAUGUCAUGUUACACCAUGAACUAAUGAUGCUGAAGUAGACUGUGAUAGUCCUUAGCCAAUGCAGAUUAGUUUAAGCAAGUGCCUACGUAUUGAUGUGCGAUGUGUAUGAGAGAGGAUUAUUUAUGUCAUUACCUGGUCUUCUGCGUUAAGCCGGCUGUACAGCACUGCUAUGAAACGAACACUGUAGACUUAGUGAUUCAUAUAUUUGGAGUUUUGCACCAUAAGAAGACACUAUAUCUGAUAUCCACUCAACAAGAUGAUAUUCAUAGAUCAUUUUAACCUUGAAAUGCACCCCCUUGUUAAGACUGUUUACCUCUGUUUGGUUGAAAACAAACCCCUCUGAUUUUAUGCCUUAAUAAGUAGGUAUAAAUUCUGUUUUUGUAAGCUGUCACAUUAAUGGAUGGUUGGCCUUUUAAGCCAAUUUGGCUUCUUCUGUGUUGUCUCCCAGCUUUGGAAGAAUCAUUUCUGUCACUUUUAUUGUGCAGCUGUACUUUUGUAAAUGUAAAUAAAAGUAAUCGUACAGUU